AUGGCACCCCCCAAGGGUCUUGGCACACUAGGAUUUGAAUGUACCCUUGAAGAGGUUGAUCUUGAAGAUAUCACUAAGAAUCAAAUCAACACAAUAAAAGCUUGUAUACCAGAGGCUUCAGAGAAUGGAAAUUGUCAAGUACUGGAAAAAGCUGAUUUUGAUGAGACUAAAUGCCUGAAAGGUAUCUCUGAAGACCUGAAGCUAUACAAGGGAGAGUUCAGGAGUUUCAGUAAUCAAAAGAUACUGGAUGCUAUUGACCAAAUGAUGCAGGCUUUGAAUAUCAACAGUGCGAGUGUGCCACAACCAGCUUCCAACACAGGAUUGCCUUCUUUUAACGAUAGAUUGAGGCUAUGCAGUGUUCUCCAGGCUUUCCUUAUUCGCGCUAUGACCAUAAACAGAAUGAUGAACUACUUGAAUUCUCCUGAAAACUCAUCAUAA